AUGUCGGAUUCACCACCCGAACCCAUCCUUACGCUUGUCCUGACAUCCGUAGACCUCACCGACCCGCGCAUACCCGUCUUUCACAUAUCCGCCGACACACCUAAACCGCCGUACACCAGGGAUCACUCAACACCCACUAGAAGCUACACAGAACUCGAGCGUCUGUCAGGCCAUCUCACAGCUCGUUUCCCUGACCGCCUUCCUCCCUUUCCGCCCACCCUCCCGACAAAAGAAUCCGUUCCUCUGUUCAGAUCCCGAAUUCAAACCUUUUUGAACCGCAUCGCCGCCCGCUUUGGCGACGUUGAUGCCGUCGUAUCGUUUGUAGAGAGCGAGUUUGAGUUUGCACCUUCCGGUGUACUUCAGACGAAAAAGAGCGGUUUUUUGAGAGCUUUUUCGGGAGGAAGUAUCCAUGUGAAGGAGGUUGAUGUCUUUUUUGAAAGUGCCAAGGGAUCGAUUGGGGCAUGUGAGGCGGCUUUGGGGAUGUGCGCGAGAGUUGGUGAGAAGGCAGGAAGAGUUGAAAGAGAAAUGGGAGCUACGGCGUUAGAGGUUGGAAAUCUGCUUUUGGAAUUGGAUGUGGGAGAUCGGAAAGGGCUCGGAGGUGCCCUCCGGAAAUUGGGAAAAGGAUUUAUUGCCAGCGAGAAGCCGCAUGUAGACCAGGCAAACUACCUGACACAUCAAUUUGCAGCUGAUGCAAAGACAUUUAUGCGGGAGACGCAGGCUGCACAGGCAGCUCUAACAUAUCGCCUCACAACCCUGCAAUCCUAUGAAGCGGCCUGCAAAGCCACCCAAAAGAAACUGGCGUCACUCGACCGACUCCGGUCGUCCUCUAGCAUAAAACAAGAGCGCGUUGACGCGGCAUUGGUAGACCUGCAAGAGGUCAAACAACAGGAAGGGGAAUGUCGAGCGCAAUUUCGGACUGUUAGUGAGCGGUUAAAGGACGAGUAUGUGAGGUUUUGUUCGGAAUUGGAUGUGGAAGUGAGAGAGGUUGUGGAUUCUUAUGUGGAGGCCCAGAAGGAGGGUGCUAAAAAAGAGCUUGCAGUUUGGGAGUCAGUUCUGGCGGGGUUUGCGUAG